AGAAAAAAAAGUUGAUGUAUACAUAUGUAGCAUACCACGGCGCUAGCUGAAUCCAUGGCGAAAUUCUGGCUGCUGCUGCUCCUCUUGGCGUUCCUCUUGCCCCUGUCAAGCGCGACGCCAUGCCACCCCGAUGACCUACACGCACUGCAGGGCUUCGCUGGGAGUCUCAGCGGUGGGGGUGUCCUCCUCCGUGCCGCGUGGUUCGGCGCUUCAUGCUGUAGUUGGGGAGGUGUGGGCUGCGACGGCGCAAGCGGCCGCGUCAUAACGUUGUGGCUCCCCGGGCACGGCCUCGAGGGGGCCAUCCCAGGAGCAUGUUUGGCGGGCCUCGCGCACCUACAGGCGCUCAAUCUUGCCAACAACAGACUGAUGGGCACCAUCCCAUCGUGGUUCGGUGAGCUUGACCACCUUCGCUACUUGGAUCUCUCUGGUAAUUCAUUAGUUGGCGGGGUGCCCAAGAGUUUGCACAUACGGUUCAAGGGUCUCAGCACCGCUCGUCGUUCACUUGGCAUGGCUUUCACUAACAUGCCAUUGCAUGUGGAACGUAGCAGAAGAGCACUCCUCCAACAACCAAAUACAAUAACUGGAACUAACAACAGUGUCAGAUCUGGGAGCAACAAUGUUGUUUCUGGGAACGACAACACUGUCAUAUCUGGGAACAGUAACACCGUCUCUGGGGCCAACAACACUGUCGUAACCGGGAGUAACAAUGUCAUAACUGGCAGCAACCAUGUCGUAUCGGGAAACAACCAUGUCGUAACCGACAACAACAAUAAUGUAUCCGGGAACAGCAAUACUGUAUCCGGGAGCUUCCAAACUGUCACCGGUAGCCACAAUACUGUAUCUGGGAGCCGCAAUACCGUAUCUGGCAGCAAUGAUACCGUAUCUGGAAGCAACCAUGUCGUACCUGGAAGCAACCAAGUCGUGACAGGAGGUUAAUGAUCUGGAAUGUUUCCACCUUACCUAAGGGAGCUCACGACCUUACCCAAGUUCAGUGUAGCUCAAACUAUCACUUGGUGUGGUGGGUUAUGUAACUUGGUGGAUAUAUCAUCCUUUUCCUAAACUAAAUAAAACUUAUGUUGGCAUGAA